AUGACGGGUGCCACCUCGACGCCGGCGCUGUCUCCACAAGAGAUCACGGAACUGCAGCGGACCGAGAUCGAAGCAAUUGAGUCGAUCCUCGACCAGGACUUUACGCGAGUCGAGCAGAAGGCUUGGAAAGGUGCAGCUGUAUCCCAGUUGCACGAAUUCCAGGUAGUCAUCCGUCCAGAUGAGGAACGUCUCAAACCGCUCGUCUCGGCCUACGUCUCGUUUCGUCUUCCCAAGAACUAUCCGCUCGUGACACCAACCAUCAUAGUCAAGCUUAACGACGGUAGGCAUAAGGGUCUCUCGGCAAGCCAUUUGACGAGUCUCGGUGGUGCGCUCAACCGCAAAGCCAAGUCGCUCAUUGGAGCCGAAAUGAUCUGGGAGCUUAUCACCGUAGCUCAAGACUUUAUUAGUCUCAACAAUACUAUCCCUAAAGAGGUCAAAGAUGGCGCACCGUCUCUAAGCUUGGAAGAGGAGAUGCAGAAGCGUGCAAAAGAACAGCAAGAGCGUCAGCGUGCAGAGCAGCAAGAAGAGAAUCUCCGUCGGCAACGGGCAGAAACCAUCCGCUCCGAGCAGCUUGUUCAGCUCAUUCAGCAGGAGGCUAGCAAGAAAGCUGCCUUGCUCAAGCAAGAGAAGGAACGCAAACGAGAGAAUAGCUACUUUACCCAGCAUGGCCCUUUGAGUCCAGUUCAUGGCCUCAAUGCAUCCUCUACUUCUGCUUCCGCCGACACAGCCGCCAAUACAGCCGCUGCAGCAUCUAUGUCGGACGACUCACGCAUUGAGACCUUCCUCGAACCGAUCGAGCACAACGGGCGCGUCAUAUCUGUUCUUCGCGUUGGUCCUGUCCUUAGCAACACGGGCCUUGCCACACGUCAUCUUGCCGAGCCAGCGCAUCAAGCUCCCACCGACUCGCGCGCACCCUCACACUCGUGGUUGAUCGAACACUACCUCAUCACUUCGCAGCAUUAUGCCUACUCUUCCGGAAAACGCAAGCUGGAAGAGGUCGAGUUCGAGUUUGACAAGCUUGUCAAGGUGCGCGAACCCGGCUUGAUCAAUGUGCUCGCCAGUGCCGUUACUCGCAUCACCGAUCCGCAGGGCUGGAAGCUCAGCGUCGUCACUGAACGCACCGACGGUUUCUGCCUACGUGACCUCCUCGAGCAAUGCGAUUCGCUUCCCUGGAAGCGCGUUCGACACUAUUUAUUGGCGCUGCUCAAGACACUUGAUUCGCUGCACACUCGUAACCUUGUCCAUAGGGGCGUCGAUGCCGACUCCAUCUUCAUCGAGAGCCGAACACAGUCAGCCAUUCCUUCAGUGUUACGGUUGGCUGGUGCCUGCUAUGCUCGUCGCUUGAAGGAUAUGCACAAAUCGAAUCCGCUCAACGAUCUAAUUGGCCCGAUUCAGGAUCCGGUCCAGCCUGACGCGUGGAAAUCGCCAGAGUCAAUUGACCAGCCUCUCUCCUACAGCCGCAAACGCGAUAUCUGGGAUCUGGGAGUUUGUGCCUGUCAGAUGCUGUUCGGCUUGGAGUGCUUCCACGAGCACGACCUACCCGAGCACCUUAUUCGCGGCAGCAAGGUCCUCGCACCGCAUGUCCAAGCCUUUCUUCUCCUGAUGCUUGAGCGAGCAUCCAAGAAACGUCCUACCGCUGCUUCUCUGGUCUCGCGUCUGGACGAACUCAUCUUGUACGAAGACACAGACCUGGCUGACGACUCGAGCACCAAGAUGCCUCAACAGCACGUCACAUCCGCCGCGGUGACGCCUGCCAAGCCGACCAAGGCCACGCCCCGUCCAGGCACAGCUCGCCAGCAGAGUGACCCACAGAACCACUUUCCUGCUUCUCCGAGUCCCAAGAUUGGCACGCCUCUCAAUGCAGGCGGCUUGCAGCCGAUCGGCUCGCUCUGGCCAUUCCGAUCCCCUUCGGGUCCAGGCGUAUCGCAUGCUGCUGCCACAUCUCGCUACCUGUCCGACUUUGAAGAGGUGGAGUUCCUAGGAAAAGGUGCGUUUGGCAGUGUCGUCAAGGCUCGCAAUCGUCUCGACGGCCGCUUCUACGCUGUCAAAAAGAUCAAGCUGUCCAGCUCGCCCGACGAGGACGAAAGGACGUUACGCGAGAUCAGUGCACUCAGCCGUCUCGAUCAUCCCCAUAUUGUGAGAUAUUCGACCUGCUGGAUCGAAGAAACCCAGAUGCCCAUAACGGGACUAGCUGCUAGCGACACGGACGGUUUCACUUCAAGUCAAACCUUGGAGACCAACACCACCACAAGCAAGACACAUGCCUCGGGUCCAAGUCUGUCCAUGUCUGCAUUUGGCAACGGCUUCCAGCGCUCAGCGCUUUCCAACCGACAGAAAGCGGGCCGUGACGACUCUUUCCGCGCCGUACCUGGCUUUGACGACGAUGACGAUGACGCUUUUGCAUCUGGUGCCAACUCGUCCAAUCUUACGGGAAGCUACAGUGACAUCCGCUUCGCCGACGACGACGAAGACAGUAGCGACCAGCGAAAUGCAGGAAAUUCUUCGCGUGCCAUAGCCGACAUGUCAUACAAAGGAGGUUUGCUGGCGUUACGCACGCCUUCGGAUGACAGCGAUGACUCGGAAGACGAAAAUGACGAAGAUGACGAUCGAGAUUCGGAAGUGUCCAGCUCAGAGGACGAGUUUGGCGGAGAUGAUGACGAUGACGAUUUCAGUCGUAUUCCACUGUCAUCGCGUCGCGCCUCUCGUGCUGGUCGUUCGAUGUCGAGAAGUGUCGUUGACGCACGUCUUGGAAAUAGCGUUCCUAUGCAACGUGUGCUCUACAUCCAAAUGGAAUUUGUCGAGAACAGAACCCUCCGCGAGGCCAUCGAAAAAGGCUUGACCGAAGAUGAAGCCUGGCGCAUCUUGCGUCAAAUGGUUGAAGCGCUCGCCCACAUUAGCAGUCUCGGUAUCAUUCAUCGUGACCUCAAGCCAUCUAACGUACUUAUGUACGCCAAUGGCGAUGUCAAGAUCGGCGACUUUGGCCUCGCUACCAAUGCACUCCAAAUCGCUGAAGGAAAUGCAGGCAAUGCGGGAGGAACCACAGACUUGGCUGAAAGCACCGACCUCACAGGCGAUCUUGGCACCUACCUGUACACGGCCCCCGAGCUACGUGCCAAAAGCGGGGUAAAGUACAACUUCAAGGUCGAUAUUUACUCUCUUGGCAUUAUCUUUUUCGAGAUGCUGGCAAGUCAGCGUGUCUAUCGCACAGGAAUGGAGCGCAUCUUGCUUAUCCGUGAGCUGCGGGAUUCUGGCAUAAGCUUGCCCGCAGUUUGGCCACACAGCAAGCUCGAGAAGCAGACGACGCUCAUCCGCCAGAUGCUCGAUCACGAUCCAGAUCGGAGACCUUCACCUCUCGAGAUCCUCAAGAGCGACCUGCUGCCACCCAAGAUGGAAGACGAGUACAUCGAGGAGUGUCUCCGACUCAUGGCUAACCCGACCAGUGCUUACAAUCAUCAGCUUAUGGAUGCGCUUUUCAGCCGUACUGCUGCCGAUCUCGUACGCGACUUUACAUUCGACACAGGAGCAGAGACAGAUCGCGACACCUCUUUGACGACGGUAGUGUGCGAUUUGAUCCGCAACGCAGCUCGUCGCCACGGUGCGGUCGAGUUUACGGCGCCGCUCAUAGUGCCACCCAACGGUUUGUAUACGGCCAACGAAAAGAUUGUCCAGAUGCUGGACCGGACGGGACGAGUGGUUCAUCUGCCUUACGAUCUCACCGUGCCUUUCGCCCGAGUUUUUGCUCGCAGCAGCAACCAACGUUUCAAGCGAUACGAGAUCAGCAACGUGUAUCGAGAGAACGUCGUCGCUGGAGGUCAGCCUCGCGCUGUGUUGGCUGCAUCUUUUGACAUUGUCUCGCCGGAGAAGUCGGCAGCAGCAGAGGCAGAAGCACUUGCACUUGUUGAAGAAGUGCUUGACGAGAUCCCUGGCAUAGCUAACGAAGACUGGGUGAUCCACAUCAAUCACGAAGUAGUUUUAUCGAUGAUCCUGGAACGCAUCCCAGCCAAGCACCAUACUGCUGUGUUGGGCGUUGUUGCGCUGCUAGCUGGAUCCAAGACGAUUCAAAGCGCAAGAACGCAUUUAUUGCAACUCGGUCUGCCACGGUCUACGAUUGAAGAGCUCGAGGCAUUCAAUCUCAACGAUGAGGUCAGUGCUGUUCAUCGUCGACUCGAACGACUGUUUCCCUUAGAUCAGCGAACAAGGCUGGCAAAGGCGGUAUCACAGAUCUCGGAUGUUGUCGCGACUGCGCGAUUCUUUGGUGUCCAGCGACGCUUCCUCUUCUCGCCACUGUUGGCGCAGUCCAGCAGCUUGUACAGGGGUGGCGUGCUCUUCACUGUGGUUAGAGCUGGCAAGCGCCGCGAUGUGGUGGCUGCUGGCGGCCGAUACGAUGGACUGCUCAAGCACUUUGCAAACCCUUCAACGGCCUCAUCAGCGCCUUUACAUGGUGUCGGAGUCCAAUUGGCGGUAGGCAAGCUGACGCUUGGGCUUUCCAAGUAUCAAGAAGUGCAAGUUCCCAAGCUUCUCUCGAGAACAGAAGAGGAACGCAGCUUUGGCUUGUAUACACCGAGACGAUGCGACGUGUACGUUGCUUCGACUCCUGGUUUGCUGGAAACGAGGAUGGAGAUCUGUCGCGAGUUGUGGGCGCACAACAUUGCAGCAGAUCUUCAGUACGAGCACGCGACAUACGAUACUCCCGAGGCAGCAGCAGCGACGUGCCGCGCCGAAGGCAUUCUGUUGCUAGUGUUUGCUAAAGCGCGAUCGCCCGUGCUCAAGGUCAAGGUUGUGCUGCAGCGAGCGGAAUAUGAAGUGGCGAGACACGAGCUGGUCGGGUUUGUACAGGAUCGCAUCGCCAAGCAAAGAAGUAUUGAUGUGCAGGUAGCAGGGUCCGGAGGUAGUGGUGCAGUAGCUGCGCGAUUCGGAUCAGCCACUUUUGACGCGGCUUCGAUGCGUGCAGCUACAGCAGCUUCAGCGGCGCCUGGUUCUCUGGGAGGAAUGCAUCACCACCAUCACUAUCCACACGGUGGCUUCUCGCGCACGUACAGCGCCAACGAAGUGAAGCCGUCGGCUACGAUUGCCGUGCGCGAACGCGAGAUGCUCUUACCAGAAAGACCGAUCGAACGAUCCAAGAAGGGUGACAAGAGUCAACAGAAUCGGCCCAAGCCAUCGUCACGGCUGUUGGUGUUGGACAAAGCCUCGCGCCAAGUGUCCAAGUUUGCGGAUCAGCUGCAAUCGGGCAAUGUGCCUAUUUUGGCGGUCGAUUUCACGGGAGCCAACUUUGAUCGGCUAGCUGCGGCGCUUACCGCCUGUCUAGGGAGCCAUGGCGAAAGAGGCUACGGUGCAAACGGAGAUGCCGGCAGCGGGGGCACGGAUGGGUCUGAGGACGAGGGCGCGUACAUGUUCCGCGCCUUUCUCGAAACGCUUUCUGCAGACGAGAGGGAAUAUGCCAGGCUGAUCAAGGCGAGGGCGAUCGCGUUUGCUUUUCCCGACGCUACCAAUUCAGCGAUCAACACGGUGGGAUGCGGAAGGGUGUUUUUGUACUCGCUUAGGGAAGAUCGGACCGCUUUGAUCGGAUGCGGGAGAUGA